AGGAGCCUAUCUCAUAAUAGGGGACUUUCCUCUACUUUUACGUCUCAUCAUAUCCUCAUGUUCUAAUUUCAUUAGAUGAACGCAGCAUUGCUAUUGCUUUUAAUUAAAUACCGGGAGAAAAAAUAACAAACGUGUACUGCUUCGACAUGGGAAUUAAUAAUUUCGAUAAAACAAACGGGCACAAUUUGGUUUAAUUUUAUAAAUACAUUUUGUUUCCCUAUUUGUAAGACAAAAUAGCUCUGUCCAAACUGUUGAAAUACAAAUACCGCGAACUUGUUCUGUAAUAAAAUUUAAAUAAAUUUCCAAAUCGAAGUCCUAAUAGAGUCUCAGUUCUGAUCGUUGUUGUAGGAUCAACAGUCGCGAAAAUAUCGAGGAAAAUAUCGGAGGGGAGACUUUUAUUAAAGCGGUUUAUUAAAAAGUCGUCACGUCACGUAAAUCAAAGAGUCAUAAUUUCUACGAUGUUUACUUGUUGCCUCAUCUCGAAUUUUCUCUUUCGGCGGGGGUAAAGUUUAACGUCUAACGACUCUCGCGAAUUGCUGCGUUACUUAUAUAUGGCGUACAGGAACGCACAGUUACGCCGGUUACGCGUUCUUCGCUUUAAUGUGUUUUCUAGUCACCCGUGUAUAUUUAGUGACACGGCAGUCGCUCAAGCCGGUCGCUCGCUCAAAAGGUCAACAUUGAUCACACCGUCUAUAAGCGUGCCGCAUUAUUGCCGUGCUGAGGACUUAAGAGUAAAGUGCUGUACGGCUAAGGCGCUUACGACUUGGAGCUAUAAUAAAUGGAAGUAGCGGCUGCCGUUGGUAACGGGCCGUGUUCAAUAAAAGAUUGCACACUUUUCGAGGCGUAAAGCCGUCCCGGAGACGGUUGUGGUAAACGACGGGGAACAAUACCGAUAUUGUAAGAUUGCUCUAUGUUAGCGUUGCUUGUAUGAAGAAAAUCAUGAAGAAGAGGUGGAGAAAUGCUGCAUAUACUUCCAAGAAAUUUCGCGUGAUCCCCGGGAAACCGCGCGAAGCCCCUCGCUACGGUUCCAAAGAGAAUUUCCUGGUAACCGUAUUCGAGGAACGGUCGCCGUUUGAUCGAUGCCCAGAACCGUUCACGGUUGGAUUCGCUCUCGCGUAGUGGGCUGGUUACGCGUUACGAGCCACGAGAAUGACGCCGAGAAAAGGGGUUAAGUGCCGAUGGAGUUGGACGCUGCGCGACGAAAAUAUCGAGAAUGUGGAGCACGUGAGCCUCGAUCCCGAGUUUCAGCGGGAACUGGGCUGCUCGGUCGGCGAGCACGUGUUCCUGGAAUAUCCUUGGGCGUACGUGUCGCGAGCGGCUGUUUUGAGGCUCGCCAACCGAGCGGGCUCGUCGCUGGAGCCGUACCGAGAUAGGAUCGAGGCAUACAGCGGCGACACCUUCCUCGUGGGCUAUUCGUCCAGCGAGCUAAUCGGUCGCGAUUUCGUCAUCUGCUUGACGGACGACGCGAGGUCAGCUGUAACGAGGAGAAACGCCGAUAUCGGCAAGGAGAUCCGGAGCGAAGUCAUCCGGAAGAUCAGGAAGACCGGCAGGUCCUGGAAGUCCCUCGGAAGCGAGGCGGCGCUAGAUGAGGGCUUGGUCCGAAGCACGAGAGAGUUCUUCGAGGUGGAGGUGUGUCUCCCGAUCGAGUCUUUAGGCCGGGACCGGAAGCUUCGUGACAGAUCCUCGGGAGACUCUUGGGACAGCUAUGUGGAGUUAGCUCCGUACGAGAAGUUCGAAAACGUCGAGAAGAAACGUGUCUCCAAGAUGAUUCAGACGCACUUAGAGCCGCGGGAAAUCGAAGCUCAAACUUAUCCCGGUUAUCCUAAGAACGCCUGGACCCAGUAUUCCUACGAGGACACCUCGCAGUUGCAAGCUGAUAACGCCGAGUCGGAGGGGCAGGAGAAGGAGACGGAGGAGAAAGAGUCGGCCGAGGGGCGAUCCGAGAGAGAGUCCGAGGAGAGGAGGAAUACCGAGGGCGGAUCGAGAGAGGUGUCGGAGAUCGAGGCGGAGCAGAAGCCGGCGGAGAAGAGCCCCCUGGAGCUCUUCUUGGAGGCCCGCGCGCCGGAAAUGAUCGAGGCCGUGUGUUACAAUACGGUCGUGAACGUGCACGUGGACGACAUCGAGACGCUGGCGCAGCGCGAGUUCGAAGCGGCCCGGCCGCCGGACGAGAUCGGUUGCGCGGAACGCUUCUCCCUUGUCGACUUGCGCUUCACGGCCGGCAAGGUCAUCUCCGACGCUUCCUGGCAUCCGGGCCUCGUCGAGUACGUGGCCGUCUCUUACGUUGCCGCGACGCCGCGCGGAACCGUUCCAGCAACGUCGAGCGUCGAGCGUGGCGUUGCGUCCAGACCGGAGCCGGCGGUGUUGCUGUGGUCCCUCGCCGAUUCCCUUCGGCCUCGGUUGUCAUUGUGGUGCCAUCCGCAAGUCUACUGCGUCUCCUUCUGUCCGAUGAACAGCGACUUCGUGAUCGGCGGUUCCGCGUCCGGCCAAGUGGUCGUCUGGAAUAUUCACGGGCGGAUGGAAGAUGGAGAUGUCGAGGAUCGAGCGGACAUCAGGCUCGACUUUUGGUCGCAGGACACCGUCUCUGUUACUGACGCGUCCGUGGUGUCCGAUCGGGAUCACUCGCACGAGCUGCCGAUUCACCGAAUACAAUGGCUUCCCAAUAAUUAUAGGAUAGAGCCGUCCGGGAAACUGACUAGACUGUCCACCAGCUCGAGCUGUCAAUUCCUGACGAUUUCCGAGGACGGCGUCGUCGCCAUUUGGGAUCUUCUUAGGUACUCGGUUACCUCUCAGCUCAAGCCGAGCGAUCGCGAGGAUCUUAACGGCGUUUUUCGGCCGACGUAUCGCCUGGACGUUCGACCUCCCGAGAACCCAUCCUUUACGCCUCUUCAGCUGUGCCUCCCGUCCAUCAGUGCUUUUCAACAAGGCGAUAGACGUCGUAACGAAUUAGAUUCCACGGAUGUCGACGGCGCGAAGAGAUUGUGGAUCGGCACGGCACAGGGACAUUUUGCUUGCUGCACCUGGGAGGGCCAGGUGUUCGACGUGGAAACGUCCGCUCUGGAGGGGUGCAAACUUGUUAAUUGCUCGUCCGCGCACGAUGGUCCCGUCGUAUCGAUUCUCCGAUCGCCGCACUUUUCGGACGUCCUGCUGACGAUGGGCGGUCGCGUCUUCGCCAUUUGGAAGGACGAUUAUCUGGACCUUCCUCUGUUCAGGCGAAAAUCCAAUUGCGCGUACACCGCGUGUUGCUGGGGCAAUCGGCCGGGGACCUUCCUGAUGGGCACUAGUUUGGGCGAGCUUGAGAUUUGGGAUAUCAAGAGGAGGGCACACGAGCCGGUGCUCACGCAGACUAUUUCUAGACAGCCGAUAACCCUCUUAUCGCUUCAGGAGUCGUGUAAACACGGUUCUAAGCUGAUCGGCGCCGGCGAUUGUAACAGUGCUUUUCGUAUUUUUGAGGAGCCAACGGAAUUCGAGGAUGAUACGCUUGAAAGGAUGGACUGGUUUGAAGAGUACGUAUGGCGAGAGGUGAGAAGGAAGAAAAUGUUUUCUUCGUGGCAGAAAGAAUUCCUUGAAAAUGACGCGACAGUCAUCGCUAGGAGGCAAGCGAGAGCGGACGAGGAACAUAGAUUGAAACUUGAAACGACCAGGCUGAAACUGCACAGAGAACAUGAAGAACGAUUGAGGUUGGAGGCCGAGGAAGAAGUACGCAAGAUGCCGAAAUCCAAAGAUACACUGUGGAAACUGCGUCAGCAAAAGAGGAUGAAGAAGGUCCUUUUAGAGAGGAAGAAAUUUCUGCCACGGGAAUUGGAGGAAAAGAGACUGCCAUUGGUCCGCUUGGCUGAAGAGAGGCAUCUAAAGAUGAUUAAAGCGAAGAGCGAAGCCGUGCUUCGGGAUAAGCACUUCGAUAACUUUGUGUCUCUCAAAUUUCCUGAAUAUUACGAUCUUGUAGAAAAAGACGAGAUCCCGGAAGAGAGGCGUGAGACGACGAAGGAUGAUGAAAUGAUAGAUGUACUUCUGCAAGAGUUUCAUAAAAUCAGGGAUGAGGUGCGAAACACGAUAGCGGAGAGGCCAUACGUUCCGAAAUUUGAUUGGGACACUUUUUUGAAGAAGGGAAAGGAAGGUCCGCAAAGCAUGAAGAAUUUAUAAAUGCAAAUGCAACAGCUUUUCUGAAAGGCACUCUUACUUCUAGAAGAGUGGCUGCCGUUUCAACUUUGAUGAUAAUUUGGGUUGUAAAUGUGAGUUGAUAAGAUAAGAUAGUUCAAUAAAUGCUCAGAAAAUUCCUUCGAGCAAUGAAUUACACAUAAUUGCAAUGCACACAAGUGUAUUGAAAUCAUUGUAAGGAGAGCAUUGUGGGCAGAAUACGAUGAAACAUAAAAAAAUAAUAAGCGUUGAUACAUGUGCGUGCGAAAUAGAUUAAAUAAGUUAGCGGAAUAAAUUAUAUAUUCCGUCCAAAAUAAAAUUAGCCGAACUUGUUCCUCUAAUUCUGCAGUAAUUAAAUUGAUUCAGCUACAAUACACGAGCAAUCUUUUUGUACAACAAAGAUAUUAAACAAGAUUUCUCUUACUGUAUAAGCAAAAUUUAAUUUUUCCCAACUCUUCCCAUAUCAAAUACUUUAUUCUCGUCAAGACAAGUGACCGUUUUCUCUUGCCCGAUUAUAUUAACCGAAUAAUAUCUUUUCUAGAGGUUUAAUUUCACACUUAAGGGGAUGCUGGAGUGGUUUGAUUUACCGACAGAGUC